GACCCCUGACCUUAGAAACAUCAUGGCUGCCGUGAGUCCAAAAGUUACUGCGACGGGCAAAGUUGUCAUCAUAGGCGGCGGAAUGGCGGGGAUUUCUGCAGCGCAGAGGCUGACGGCUGCUGGGUGGACGGAUGUGAGGAUCGUGGAGGCGAGAGACCGCCCAGGCGGACGGAUGUGGACCCAACGCUUAGGCCCAAACAUCAUAGAGCUUGGUGCCAACUGGAUCCAUGGGAGUGAAGGUAACCCCAUCUACAAACUUGCUGAAGAUCACAACCUUUUGAAGAAUACUGCUAGGCUCCAAACCUUCAAAGAUCGUUACAGGCUUCGAGGGGACACCUUCAUGCCUGGGGGCCAGGUCAUAGACAGAGAGAUUGUGCAAGAGUUCCUGCACAUGUAUGAGGAACUGAUAGAAGAAUGUUGCAACUUCUUCCUCAAUGAGAAAACUCCUCACAACCCUGAUGAAUCAGUUGGUAACUACCUUGAACAAGAGUUUCCUAAGAGACUCAACCAGGCUACUGACAAUGAUGAUGUCAAGAGGCUGAAGAUGGCUCUCUUUAAGCAACACCUUAAGCAAGAGACCUUCACAACUGGAUGCCAUAAUAUGAAGGAAGUUGGACUUGAUAAUUUUGGCCAAUAUGUAUCUAUUCCGGGAGGUAACAUAAACUUGCCUGAUGGGUAUGACACAGUGUUUGGUGUCCUACUGAAGGAUAUUCCAUCUGAGUGUAUUUUGUAUAACAAACAAGUUAAAUGUGUUCUGUGGGAUCAGGUGGAAGCUGACACCAACAGUAGCGGUGCUGAACAUCAUUCCCACCAUGCUGUAAGCAUUGUAUGUGAAGAUGGAGAGAUCCUCAAGGCUGAUCACAUUAUCAUAACAGUUCCUCUUGGCUUCUUGAAGAAACAUGCUUCGACAUUCCUCCAGCCUCCACUGCCUGAGAAGAAGCUGAGAUCCAUUGCAAAGAUGGGUUUUGGAGUCGUGGACAAGAUCUUCCUGGAGUAUGAGAAACCCUUCUGGGAAGCAGGCAGUCCUGGAUUUCAGCUGGUUUGUAGGGAAGAAGAAACAGAGCCUAGGUGCCCUGAGGAGUGGUACAAGAAGUUGUACAUCUUCUAUGUAGAUCCAAAGGCUCCUAACACUGUCUUUUGCUGGCUUUCUGGAGAAGAGGCACUGCACAUGGAGACACUGCCUGAGGAAGAGGUUGCACAUAAAAUUGUGGAGGUCCUCAGGAGGUUUACUGGGAAUGAUGAGAUCCCCCUCCCUCAGAGCAGAACUGCGAUCAUCGCGCUCAAGGACAAACAUCUGGCCUGGAUCUACUAUGACGGAUAG